AUGCCGCUGCUCGCAACAAAAAGCUUUCACUUCUACUUAAUAGCAACCAAAUUUUCACCUCAACUCAGAGACCAGUUCAAGAGGUUUGAUAUUUCAAUGAAAAACUUAAUCAUAUACAUUAGAGAGAUGGGACAGGACAAUAUCACUGCAGUUCCUGAAUUCAUUCUUAUGGGACUCACUGAUCUCCCAGAAUUCCAGCUCCUUCUCUUUUUGGUGUUUCUGGCAGUCUAUCUGAUCAGCCUUUUAUGUUAUGCAGACUUAAUUCUGGAGGUGAGAACUAUUUCCUUGAUAGAAUGUGCCAUCCAGAUGUAUCUCUUUGUGGCCUGUGUAACCACCGAGGGUUACUUCCUGGCAGUCAAGGCAUAUGAUUGCUUCAUGGCAAUCGGCAACCCUAUGCUCUAUAUGGCUGUUAUUAACACCUUCCCCAGUGAAGUCUUGCUUAUCAGCCUGGGGAUUUUCAGUGGAACUGUCACCUCUCUGAAAAUUGUGGUGUCUUAUGUAUAUAUCCUCAUCACUACCCUGAAGAUCUGCUCUGCAGCAGGGAGAUGCAAGGCCUUCUCCACCUGUGCCUCCCACCUAACGGUGGUUGGCUUAUUAUAUGAGACCACCGUCUUCAUAUAUGUUUGGCCCAGUUCACAGUAUGCUCCAGAAAAUGACAAAGUGGUUUCCAUGUUUUAUACUCCUGUGACAUCAGUGCUGAAUCCUCUGAUCUACAGCCUGAGAAAGAAGGAUGAAAACGAUGCUCUGUGA